CCUCUUCAUUUCUUCGAGACUACUCCAGAGAAGCAGAGCCCGCGAAACAAAAAACUUGCAGAAAACCCUAAAGAGAUUCUCCGAUUCUAAUGGAAGAAGACGAAGAUUUCGUGUUGAAAUCUGACUCCGGAGAGUCAAUGGUUUCGGUGACGCUUGGGCGAGUAAUGAACACUCUUCUCAGUGCUCGCCCCAGAAAGCUCUACGACGCCGUUUCCCGCCCCUCCUCCGAACCCCGAACCAGGCCUUCUCUUGGUUCAUUGGAUGACUCUCUCUGGUUUCUUCAUAAGUACGUCAAGGACGCUGCGGAAAAGAAUGAGUCUUUGGCUGAGAUUCUCGUUCCCAUGCUUGAAAAUUCUUUGAAGUCCAAGGAUGUGAAGCAUUCACAUGGAGGCCAAACUAUGAUCCUUCUCAACUGGCUAUUCCAAGAUGAAUUUAUUUUCCAAGCCAUAGCGACAAAUCUCGCCAAGAUUAUUGUCACCAAAGAUGAUCGUUUUAUAGCCCUUGGAUGGUGUACCCUUGUGCGUGGACUUGUGGAAUAUGAAAGUGCUUCUGAUCAAUUCUCAAUGAACGGAAUAAAUCAGGGGCAUAUUGAUUUCUUGAAGAUAUUUUCCACGUGUAUUCCGUGUCUCUCAUGCAUUACACAUAAAGGGAGUUCUUUGCUGGAUGGAUUUGAGCUUCCAUCUCGCCUAGCAGUGUCUGCUGCUGAUUGUGUUUUAGUUCUUACUGAAUCUUUGACAAAGGUUCCUACAGUUCCGAGCAACAGGCCAAAAUCAUCGGAUUUGAAUGCACCAAAUCGAUGGGUAGCACUAGCCUCCAGUGGAGAUAAGAAAGAAAAUAAAUUGUCUGAUGUUUCAAAUAAAGGAGUUGAAAAUUUACUUUGGGAUCACUUGGAGGAAGUUAUUCAUUUGGUACAAAAACUUCUCGCUUGGAACCAAAAAAGUCGACCCCUGCAUGUCAAAGGAUUGGAGAAAGUGCUCAAGUGGCUACAAGAGAUUAAACACCACUAUGACCAUCUUCAGUCAGGUUCCAUCAAGACUGGAGCAUUGCUGCUAUCUUCCUGCUGGAAGCAUUACAGUUUGCUACUUCGCUUAGAAGAUCACAAAUUUUCUCAUCGUUACAAGGAAUUAUUGGAACAGUACUUAUCGGGACUCCAGUUUUACUCAGAUAAUCAUGUGGGAGGGCAUUCUGAGAAUAAGGGGAGUGCUGCUGAGACCAGAAAAUUUUUUCUUAAUUGUCUAUGCCUUCUGUUGGGGCGAUUUGACAGGAAUAAAUUUGAAAGUGUGGUUUCUGAAUAUGGAAUUCGGAUAUCACAUGUUAUUUUACCACAGCUCCAUUCUGUUGAUGAAGAUGUGAUAGACGCUGUUGUAUGCAUAUUAAAGGCAGUCAUCUUCAAGCCACAUCUUUCAUCCGAAAGUAGUCAUACUUAUGUUGGGGAGACUGAUAUGGUGCUGCCACUGCUGAUUAACCUUCUAGACGAGCAAGAUGGCACGGCUAGGGCUGUGGUUAUGCUCUUGGCAGAAUACUGCUUGACGAGCAAAGGCAGCCACUGCCUUGAAGAAGUUCUGAAGCGCCUUUCUUCUGGAAUUGUUCAACAAAGGAAGAAUGCAAUUGAAGUUAUACAAGAACUAAUUUGCAUUUCACCAGAUACAACUACUGUACUUUCUCAGUCGUCACGGCAGGAUAUAGCACAUCAUUUACUUGAGCGUCUUGAAGAUAAAGAACCAGCAAUCCGUGAGCAAGUGUCCAAUUUGCUUCCGAUGAUUGAUCCUUCCCUUAUUUUGCCAUCAUUAGUUCCGCUUGUUUACUCAUUGGAUGAAAGAGUGCAAUCGUACUCUUCUGAUGCCCUUGUUCAGGUGCUCAAAUAUCAUAACCAGAGUGCAGAAGUAAUAUGCCUGCUGCUUGACUGUUUAGGAAACAUUUGCCAUGACCCCGAUCUCCAGAAAGGUGUAGGAGAUGGAUGGGACGGAUCGAAGUUGGAGAAUGAUCAAGUACUCAAGCUGAUUCCAGAGUGGUCAAGAAGUGUAAGAGUUCAUAACUGGGACACCCUAAUCGGACCUUUGAUUGGCAAGAUGUUUGCACAUCCUUCAAAUGCUACUAUUGUUAGGUUUUUAAGUCAUAUAAGUAGCCACCUGGCAGAAGCUGCUGAUACAGUCCUCUAUCACGUUUUGCUGCAUACAAAAGCACAGAUGGAUAUGGAGGUGAGCAGAACGUAUGCAAGUGAUGACCCUGCAAAUAUGCAGCAAUUGCUGUUUGAGCACCUUUGCCCAUUACUCAUUAUUAGGACGCUUCCUUUAAGUGUCUUUAAUGACCUUAAUUCGUCUGUCAUGUAUGGCCAACUCAUCAAUCAAGAUCAUGGGGAUGUCAAGAUCUUUGGUCAUGACUCUGUUGCUUCUCUCCUUUUCAAAAGGGCAUUUGACAAGUUUGAAUUUGAAGACGUACGCAAACUGGCUGCUGAGCUCUGUGGGCGAAUUCAUCCUCAAGUGCUCAUACCUAUUGUUGCCUCUCAGCUAGAACAUGCUGCAAAUUCUCGAGAGUUACUAAAGAUAAAAACUUGUUUGUUUUCGGUUUGCACCUCCCUUGUGGUCAGAGGCAGGGCUUCAUUUUCUCAGCCUGCAAUGCUUGAAGUACGAAAAUCACUGGAGAAAGUGUUAUUAUGGCCUUCUCUGGACGAGGAUGAAGUUUCCAGAGCACAACAUGGCUGCAUUGAUUGUCUUGCACUAAUGAUAUGUGCCGACCUACAAGUUUCAGAAUCAAUUACAGACUCCAACCAAGAGAAGAAUGGGCCUGUCCUUGAUUACGUGAUCAGUCAACUUACGUCCGAUAAGAAAGAACCUGUUUCAACCUCCCAGUUUGGUGGGCAAAUGCGCAUGUUUGGGGCGCCACUUCCUCUCUCAUUUCGUUUGUGCAUGGCCAAUGUUCUCAUCAGUGCUUGUCAAAAAAUUCCUGAUUCUGGGAAGAAGCGUCUUGCUAAAAAAGCCCUUCCUCGUCUCAUUUCUUCUGUCGAGGCAAUAACAGAAUCGGAUAUUAGAGCUGCAUGCCUCCAAGUUCUCUUUUCAGCAGUCUAUCAUUUGAAGUCUGCUGUCCGUACUUAUGCAUGUGAUCUUCUCAAACUCUCCCUGAAAGCUCUUGAAAAAGGUUCAGAGAAGGAAAAAAUGGCUGGGGCUAAGAUGAUGGCAUCUCUCAUGGGUAGUGAAGACGAGAUUUUGGCGAGUAUUUCCGGCGGGCUAAUAGAAGCGAGGGCCGUACUGUCUAGUGUUUCUAUGACAGAUCCGUCAAUGGAGCUAAGACAGAUCUGCUCAAAAUUGCUGGCUUGUAUAACUUAUCCCUGAGUUGUGCUUGGACAGAGAAAAUGACGUUCAUUAUUUGCUUCAUUUUGGUUAAAAUUGCGUUUUUAUUCAAGUUGACCGUCGACUUUUGUAAAUAAUAAUGCUCUUGCUAAUUUUCAACCUAGAGAGAGAGAGAGAGAGAGAGAGAGAGAGAGAGAGAGAUCACAUCGGCACUCUUUGUACACUGUCUCUAGCACAUCAAGACAAGGACCAGAGUCAACUAGCUCCCAGACUUGAUAUUGGAGUUGGUAAUUUGCUAUUUUUGGCGAGGAAAAAAAAUGAAAAUAUUCGUGAAAGAUUGAUUUCCGUGUUCAAAAA